UCUAGUAGUCUAGUAGUUCAUUAUGUACUAUCUACUUCUAUUCUAUUUUUUUUCGGGCAUCAACUGUUUAAACUUUUACACUAUUCAAAGUAAUUUCAGUGCAUUGAAACCUAUAAAUAGUGGAAAUAUUCCUGUAAGCUGGGACUGGAGGCUUUUGAAGAUGGUUUCUCCAGUAAAGAAUCAAGAAACAUGCAAUGCUUGUUGGGCAUUUAGUGCUGUUGCGAACAUCGAAAGCCACUUGAAGAUAUACUUGGGUCAAGAGGAAAUGUUGUCUGAGCAGUUUCUGAUAGACUGUGACGGUGGCGGUGCGGGCUGUGGAAGUGCGAGCGUGUUAAAGACCUUUGCGCGGAUAGUCGCAAACCUCGGCGGGGUGCUGCGGAAUUCGGAUUACAUACCUUAUUCGAACAAGCAGCUGCCCUGUUUCUGGGACGGACAUCCGAAGCCCAUACCCGUCACUGGUUUCCGACGCGUACGAUCUAAUGAAGAAGAUAUGGCUAAAGCCGUCUAUAAAUACGGACCACUUUCAGCUGGAAUCAACUCGGCUUCAAUGGCAAAGUACAAAGGUGGGAUUGACGAACCUACCAACGAAUUUUGCUCUCCUGAGCAAUUAAAUCACGCAAUUCUAAUCGUUGGCUAUAGUGUUUACCUGGAUAAAACAGGUAAAAGAGUACCCUACUGGAUUAUCAAGAACUCUUGGGGGGUGGACUGGGGGUCUGACGGGUUCUACUAUUUGGUCAGAGGCCGGAACGCCUGCGGUAUCGCCAAUGACGUGUCUUUUGCCACGGUUAACUGAAGCGAGUAUGUCGAACAAAACGCCGAAGUUUAACCACGAACUAAACUAUGUGAAUACUAAGCUCAUGAACAUUAAAAAACCGACCAAGUAUGAGUCAGACUCGCGCACCGAGGGUUCUGUACUUGGGUAUUUUUUCCGACAUUUUGCACGAUAAAUCAAAAACUUUUUAGUGGCAGUUUACGUGUGCCUACGUUCGUAGAGAGAACCUGCAACCUACAUGCAAAAUCAUUUCUUAGUGGUGGUCUACGUGUGUCUACGUCGUAGAGAGAACCUAAAAGCUACGUGCAAAUGUAUCUCUUGGUAGGGGUCUACGUGUGCCUACGUCAUAGAGAGAACCUCCAACCUGCGUGCUAAAUCAUUUCUUAGUAAGGGUCUAAGCAUAGUCUAAGUGUGUCUACGUUGUGGUGAGACCCUACAACCUACAUCCAAAAUUUCAAGUUUCUUAAGCUGGCUUAAAAAGCGAUCAGUCAGUUUUUCUUUUAGUAACUAGUCUCAAACUUAGGUAGUUCUUAGUUAAUUUUGACCAAUAAACUGAAAACGAAAGUAGGUAUAUAGUAAAUUAUCAUACUUUAUCCACAAUUUUAAAAAUAAGAGAAAAUCAUCCCAACUGAAGAAAUAUAUUGCGCUUUAUCAUUUUAUUUUUAUUGUAUUGAGGAAAUACUCAAUACCAAUUCAGCUUAUAUCAAGAUGACAGUUAUCCGAAAGUAAUAAAAUAGUAAAUCUAAACACCGGAAUCUGAUGGGUUUUUAUUGCUUAUUUUAUUGGCGAUCGAGAUGACCCAUGCAGGAACCUCAAAAGCCGCAAAAGACAACUUCCCUGGCGCAAUGGUGAAUGCUAUGGCCAUAAGUAGGAAGUACCGUGUUCGAUUCCUGAUAAUGGUAUGGGUUUAAUAAAAACUGCCAUACCCCUUCCCGGUUAGCCUACUACCAUCUUACACGGCAUCAUCACUUACCUUUAGGUGAGAUUCCAAUCCAGGGCUAACUCGUAUUUAAAUAAAAAUGGGCAAUUUAGAUUUUACUAAGUACUACUUAUUUCUAAAUUAUCUCUAGUCUAGUCUGGUGCAAAACUUCGGCGUAAUAUAAAAGGUACUUUGAAUAAGAUAAUAGAAAAUUUAUGGCUUCUUUAAUACUCACUUAUACAAAAAUUUACAAAAUAAUUCAAAAGCCUAAUCAAUUUAAACCUAUUUGUAGUAUCCAAAGU